AUGCUGAUAGCUGUCAUUGGAGGGCUUGUCUCUGAAAUAUCAGAUAAUAUCGCUACCAUUUUAUCCAUCUACAAGGUUCCACAGCUCACUUACGGAUCAUUUUCAGCAGCACAGUACAGUGAAAAUGUAUUCCCGCCUUUGUACCAAAUGGUCCCAAAUGAAGUCUAUCAGUACAAGGGGAUUGUCCAGUUACUUCACCAUUUCAGAUGGACAUGGGUUGGGCUCUUGGCAACAGAUGAUGACAGUGGGGACCUUUUCCUGCAGACAAUAAUACCAAUGCUUUCUCAAAAUGGCAUCUGCUUUGCUUUCAUACAAAAAUUGCCAAAGCGGACUUAUAUGACAAAGUUAGUAGACAUGUAUAUAGAGCAGCUGGAAACAUAUCCACUUCUCAUACAAAACAAAGCAAACGUGUAUUUUGUACUGGGAGAACGUUUGUCAUUUUCAGGUUUGAGAUGGGUGCUUUUCUUAGCACACUUCUCAUCAUUGCCCCCUCUUGGGAAAGUGUGGAUUGUUACAUCCCAAUGGGAAUUUGAAUCACUGAGCAUUCAAAGAAGUUGGGAUAUACAGGACUUUCAUGGUGCCAUAUCCUUCACAGUUCACUCCAGUCACCUACCAGGAUUCCAAAACUUCCUUCAGAUCGUAAAUCCUUCCUGGGCCAAAGGUGAUGGUUUCAUCCAGAACUUUUGGGAACAAGCAUUCAUUUGCUCAUUUAGUAUGUUUAGUGCACUGGAAGAAGACAUCAAAGCCUGCACUGGGGAAGAGAAGCUGGAGAGCCUUCCCAGGACUUUGUUUGAAAUGAGCAUGACUGGCCACAGCUACAAUAUCUAUAAUGCCGUCUAUGCUGUGGCACAUGCUUUGCAUGCCCUUUACUUAUCUGGACUGAAACACAGAAGAUGGAAUGGAAGGAAUGUGGAGUUUCAGAACGUUCAGCCCUGGCAGCUCCAUCACUUUCUACAAAGGAUCGUCUUCAAUAACAGCGCAGGGGAUACUUUGCAUUUUGAUGAAAAGGGGGAAGUGAUUGCAGGUUUUGAUGUCACAAACUGGGUAACCUUCCCAAAUAGCUCUUUUGUGAGAGUAAAAGUGGGAAACAUGGAACCUAAGGCUCCUCUGGCAACAUUGGCUCCUAUGAUGUUUCUGAGUUCGAUUAAAGGUUCUGAUUAUGAUGUGAAAAAUCCUUCAUGGCCUAAGACUCACAUAUUUGAUGAACAGUCUCUCCCCAUAAGUCUUCCUACACCAAUUGCAGUUCAUCGUCUGGUUGUCCACCUGCUUAAGGCUCCCCACACAGAACACUGUACAUUGUGGACAUACAUUUUCUCAAUGGCCGUCUCCCUUUCUACUUACAUACAGACAUUGCCCCUUUCUGUGUGCAAUGACCGCUGCCAUCCUGGUUACAGCAGGAAAAAGAAGGAAGGAGAGAGAUUUUGCUGCUAUGAUUGUGCUCAGUGUCCAGAUAGGAUGAUCUCUGAUCAGGAAGACAUGGAUGCCUGUGUCAAAUGUUCAGAAGACCACAAUUGCAAUAUGAACAAAACUCAAUGCAUCCCCAAGAUGAGUACCUACCUUUCCUACAAAGAACCCUUAGGGAUCAUCUUAGCAACAAUGGCUAUUUCUUGCUCUGUGCUGACAGCUUUGGAGCUUGUCAUCUUUAUGCAACACCACAGCACUCCCAUCGUCAAAGCCAACAACCGGAAUCUCUCCUACGUUCUCCUGGCCUCUCUCUUUCUUUGCUUCCUUUGCUCCUUGCUCUUCAUUGGACAGCCUGUAAAAGUGACCUGCCUCCUUCGGCAAACUGCUUUUGGCAUCGUCUUCUCCGUGGCCCUCUCCAGUGUGUUGGCCAAAACCAUCAACGUGGUUCUGGCAUUCAUAGCUAAUAAGCCAGGAUCUGCAAUGAGGAAAUGGGUGGGGAAGAGACUGGCAAAUUCUAUUCUUCUUUCCAGCUCUGUGAUUCAAGCAGGACUUUGUACUCUUUGGCUAAGUACCUGCCCGCCAUUCCCAGAUGCAGACAUGCAUUCAGUGGAUGGGGAAAUUGUACUGGAAUGUAAUGAGGGCUCAGAUGCCAUGUUUUAUUGUGUCCUGGGCUAUCUGGGGUUCCUGGCCAUUGCCAGCUUCACUGUGGCUUUCUUCGCUAGGAAGUUACCUGACAGUUUUAAUGAAGCCAAAUUUAUCACUUUUAGUAUGUUAGUCUUCUGCAGUGUUUGGCUGUCCUUUGUUCCAACCUAUUUGAGCACUAAAGGGAAAUACAUGGUUGCCGUAGAGGUCUUCUCCAUCUUGUCUUCCAGUGCUGGUUUGCUGGGCUGCAUAUUUUCCCCCAAAUGUUAUAUCAUUCUUUUGAGGCCUGACCUGAAUAAUAAGAAGCAAUUCUUAAGGAGAAAAACAUAUGACUAUGUAUCUCUGUAG